UUUUGAAUAUUGUGACAAAGACUUUCUCUUCAUCUGUUUCUCCUUCUACAAUUUCACAACCAUAUACAACCGCAAACAUGGAUCCUCGCCUGCUUUUCACAUACAAAAAAAAAUCUACAGCCGGCCAAGACCAUCUGCCACCCUCUGCGACGACCACAGGUGCACUCUCUAAAGUCGCUGGAAACAUCUGAAUGUUAAUACAAAUCAGAUCCAAAUGGAAGAGCGUCAUGCACCCUGAAUUUCUGCGAGAAUUCUCAACGGACCAGUUUUGUUCAGCAAACUACAGAUCCGAGUUCCAUCGGUCACCAGUUUGUCUCCGAUCGGCUCUCGGGUUUGUCUGUCACUAUUGGAUCUGGCCGCCGUCCUUCAGCUUGUAGAACCACCGUUGUGACCACUGCUGUAAGGGUUGUAAUCGUGCUGCCGGAGUUUGCCUCAACCAACGAAAAGAAUAAAGUACUGAAACAAAGGGCAAGACUUCAUAAUGGUAAAAUUGUAAUUUAGGAAGAGGGGUGUGCGUGUCUAUUUUGAAAGUGUAAGGGUGAUUUGUCAGUGGCAAAGAAAGUGUAGGGGUGUUUUGGGUCGGCGUCAAAGGCCACCGACCUUUGUUUUUAAGAUAGAGUAAAUAACACCCUUUUAAAAAAUGAAAAAAAAAAAAACUAAAAAUCACCAAGAAAAGAAUAAAGGAUAUAAGACUAUUUACUAAGAAAAGAAUAAAUGAUAAAAAAAAAAUUAACUAGGUAUCAAUGCUUUGCUUGAUGAUAAUUCAUCAAUGAAAAAUGAAAAAAAAAAACUAAAAAUCACCAAGAAAAGAAUAAAAAAAUAAGACUAUUUACUAAGAAAAGAAUAAAUGAUAAAAAAAAAGAUUUAACUAGGUAUCAAUUCUUUGCUUGAUGAUAAUUUAUCAAUAGUAUUUCAUCGUCUUCGUCUUAAGUUACAGUCAAAAUUAUAUUGUACUAAUGAUCAUUAGUCGAUCUAUAUGAUCUAAUAGCUUAAGAACAAACAAUAAUUAAAAAAAAGGUAUUUGUAUUUAUUUGGCUAAUAGUUAUUAAAACCUAUAUAAAGAAGCAAGUUCUUUAUGCAUAUGUGACUUGUAACCCUUGCUUAGGGUGUUUUUCAAAAAAAAAAAAAAAUCUUGUGCAUAUUUGUGGUGUACCCUUUGGUUUGUGGGUUGCACCUUUUUUUUUCCAUACCACGUGCCCGUGACUCAGAUUAGCAAGCAGCUAAUGGUUUUAGGGGGAAAACCAUGAGACAUCAAACCCUUAUUCCUUUCGUCAGAUUAAAGAUAUAGAGGGAGCAACAGAAAGAUUGCUGAGAGAGGCGGGGAAUCGAUUCCAAGGUGGUUUGAAUUGAUGGCGGUGGGUUGAGCCGGAGCUGUAGAGACGGUGUUUCAUGGCGGUGGUUCUGCCGCCGGUGAUGGCGGGGGUUUGUCGAAGAAGAAGCCAUCGCAUCCGGUCCAGCACGGCGGCGCACAACGGAGUGUUUCGGAGUUAAUUUGUUGUUUCAGUCCGUUAGUGUGUACGAGUCCAAACAUCGCACCCGGCGGCGCACAACGGAAGGUUUCGGAGUUAAUUUUUUGGUUUCAGUUUACAUGAUGCAUCAUCACGAUCGACUAAAGCACUCCAGUCCUCACUGAAGCUCUGAGUAUGGACAAGUACAUUGCAAAGAACAAUUUUGAUUGCAAAUCAAAUAGUUGGGUUCCCAAAGGUAUAAUGCCCUGCACUUGAUGAGAUAAUGUCGGUGUAUGCGAUGGAAUGAUGUACGAAGAAAUAAAAAAGAACAUGCCUGAGGAACACGAGUCGCAAAGGAUGAUAAAUUGAGGUAUAAAACACCAUUAAGUCAUAUGGGAUUUUCUAUAAGUGAAGAUUUUUUACUUAAAUCAUUGAAGGUCGCAAAGGAUGAUAAAUUAUAGGUAUCCUCAUGGAGAGUCUUAUUUGGAUGUGAUACAAAGGUUUGGAGACUGUUAUAAUGGAGUCUGAACGACAAUGGGCUCCUGUUGUAGUAGUAUCUCACAAGGUUGUUUUAAGAGCAUUAUAUGCAUAUUUUGUUGAUAGCCAGAUAGACCACUGAAAGAAAUUCCGCACAUAGAGGUUACUAGUUCAAGAUGGUACAUUUGGGCGUUUUCUUCAUACUCACCCACUCUGCCUUACUUACUCAUUUCCGAAAGAAGAUCAAAAGGCUAGAUUUUAUCCUACAUGUAGGGUGUGUGAAAAAUCUUUUUCUGGCACUGAGAAUCUUUGGGUUUAUAAAUGCGAGAAAUGCAGAUAUUAUGCUCAUUUGGAUUGUGCAAAUUUAAGUUUUUGGCAACCAGAUUCCACUUCUGAUUCAGCAUUUGAACCCUCCACCUCUACGACAUACAGGAGAGACCUUACAACCACAAAAAAUUAUGAAGACGGCCAUAAUGUUCUCCGUCUCCCGCUUCCCGAACAAACUUACAACAUAUUCAUAGAACUUUUUUCUAAAGGAACUAACGAGAUGAGGAGGAUAACCCAUAAAAGUCAUGAACAUCCACUAAUUCUUGUGGAUACAUAUCCACAAUCCAAUGACAAUACAACACAAAUGAAUAAGGUUGAAUAUUUAUGGCAGUUACUCAACAAUGACAAUAUACCACAAAUGAAUAAGGCUGAAUAUGUAUGUAAUGGAUGUGUGACCCCAAUCAUGGACAUGCCAUUUUACAUGUGCACACAUGGAUGCAACUAUGUUCUCCAUGAAUGGUGCACGCGGUUGCCCGCUGAAUUAAAAUGUUACAUAGGUCACCAACAACAUACCCUUAUUCUUUUGCCGAAAGUUCCUCGUGGCUAUCUUGGUUCAUUCAGUUGUGGUGCAUGCUCCUCCAGUCGCAAUGGAUUCGCUUACUCUUGUGUGAAAUGUAAUUACUACAUAGAUGUUUGGUGUGCACUUGUACCUAGAGAUAUCACACAUAAAUCUCAUCCACAUCACCGGCUUUCAAGAACUAACGAAAGAUUGGACAAAGAUUAUUGUCGUAUGUGUUUGUCUGGUUUCAUGCAUCCGAAAGAAACUUCAUUGAGUUGCAAAGCUUGUAAUUUUCAUCUACACCUUGGGUGUGCUUUCUUUUUACGAGAGAGAAUUAGGCACAAGUAUGACAAGCACCCUUGGACUCUAACUUACUCGCCGGUUGAAAACCACGAGGGUGAUUAUUUUUGCGAAGUUUGUGAAGAGGAACUUAAUCCUAAUGCGUGUUUCUAUCAUUGUCAUGAAUGUUUGCAAUCCAUGCAUACAUCUUGUGCUCCGUUGAUACCUCAAAAAACACCAAACAUCAUCAUGCAUGGCUCAACUUGGGAAGAGUUUUCUAUUGAUGAAAAUAUAAAGUAUGGAAGCAUUAAGUCUAUGUUUCACCCACACCCUCUUUCAUUGUUCGACUUAGAAACUGUAAAUGUAGAAGAUAGUUAUGGUCGUUGCCCCGAGUGCUAUCGGUUCCCCGGGUACGAACUAAUCUUAAAGUGUCUUCAGUGUAGGUUUUAUAUUCAUUAUGGUUGUGCAGGACGCAUUUAUUUAAAGAAAAAGUGGGGUUAAGUUAUUCUACAAAUGCUCUAAAAAAUAAGAAGUGUAAGAAGAAAUUAUAGAGUGACAAGUGUCCAAGAA